AUGACGACAGCCCAACCCUCCAACACCUCUGAAUGGCAACUCUAUAAAGUUCUGCAACGAGCCAACUUACUGCAGUAUUAUCAAGUCUUCAUCGCUCAAGGAGGUGAUGAUGUACAACAGCUAUGUGAGGCCGGAGAAGAAGAGUUCCUGGAAAUAAUGGCAUUGGUAGGAAUGGCCAGUAAACCUUUACAUGUUCGUAGAUUACAGAAAGCUUUACAGGAAUGGGUCACUAAUCCAGGUAUGAUUACGUCACAAACAACCAGUAGUCUACCCACUUCCAUACGAGAACAGACCUUACCAAACUAUCAAUUACAUUCCAGUCAAUCAAACUCUGUGGUAAACGCGCCCACUUGGAACCCCACGUCGCGGAGUAUCAGUCCAGCUAGCAGGGGAGAUAACCCUAGUCCUUCUUCCUCCCCCCAUAAUGAUCAGUCUCUCACGUUACCACCGUUACCAAAUUCUCCAAUGAUGACGCCAGUCCUGGUAGAAAGUCAAAUCAACGCUAUCGCGGAAGCGGCUGCCAAGUUUGCUAAAGAUAUGUCCCACUAUGAACCAAAAGAAUUAAAUUUAAAAAAACCUAUCAAUAGAGAGAUUCAGGCGGUGAUGAUGAUGACAGAGGAUGAUACAGGAAGAAUGGAAGAGUUGAGGAAAUAUGCUGCUAUUUACGGUAGAUUUGAUUCCAAACGUAAAAAUGAUCGACCCAUGUCACUUCAUGAGAUGUCAGUGAAUGAAGCGUCUGCUCAGUUAUGUCGUUACAUGCCGUCAUUAUUAACAAGGCGAGAAGAUUUAUUCCCCUUGGCUCGACAAGUUGUACGGAAUAGCGGCUACCAAUAUUCUAAAGGACAUUCCAGGUAA